CACACGCUUCGAACGAAAUGUAGUGAACAGAUUUUACAGUUUUACACGUGUAGCACGUGAGAAUUUUUCAAAAGUAAAGUAAUUUUAGAUUUAGUGUAAAUAAAAUUAAUUUCUGUAUAAUAUUUCUUAAAGAAAGAUGUCUAUUCCCGACAAAGUUUUAAUGAGAAAGAUUAGAAAAAGAGAAAAGAAUAAAUUAAAAGUAUUAAAGGAAAGAUCUGACAAACAAAAUGGUGAAAUUAAAAAUGAAGAUCUUGUGGAGAAUAUUAAUCAAGACGACGACGACGACGUAAAGGAAAAAAUUGGAAAUAAGCGUUUGGCAACGCAAAAUGGUCCUGCGAAAAAAAAGAAAAAAAAUUUAGAAACAUCUAAAAUUGAGAAUGAACAAGAGUCAAACGAGGAGCCCAUUAAUGGUAAUGAAAUGGAUACCAUGGAAGAAAAUGGAAAUAUAGAAUCAAAGAAUAGUACAGAUAUCGUUGAGGAAAGUUUACCUGGAUCUUCUAUAGGAUUAGAAAUAACCAAAAAUAAUAGUUUUGAAACGUUGAAUGAACGUGUAUGUGAAAAUACUCUUAAAGGAAUAAAAGAUAUGGGUUUUACACAUAUGACCGAGAUACAAGCCAGAUCUAUUCCACCAUUAUUGGAAGGCAGAGAUUUAAUUGGUGCAGCCAAAACAGGAUCAGGAAAGACAUUGGCCUUUUUAAUACCUGCUGUAGAAUUAAUAUAUAAAUUAAAAUUUAUGCCGCGUAAUGGUACUGGAUGUAUUAUCAUAUCUCCUACAAGAGAAUUAUCAAUGCAAACAUUUGGUGUUUUAAAAGAAUUAAUGAAAUAUCAUUAUCAUACGUAUGGUCUAUUAAUGGGUGGUGCUAGUAGACAAACAGAAGCACAAAAACUCGCAAAAGGAAUAAAUAUUAUUGUGGCUACGCCAGGGAGAUUAUUAGAUCAUCUUCAAAAUACCCCUGACUUUUUGUACAAAAAUCUACAAUGUCUUAUCAUCGACGAAGCCGAUCGUAUUUUAGAUAUUGGUUUUGAAGAGGAAUUAAAACAAAUUAUUAAUAUAUUACCAAAAAGAAGACAAACUAUGUUGUUCAGUGCAACUCAAACUAAGAAGGUAGAAGCAUUGACAAGUUUAGCAUUAAAAAAAGAACCUGUAUAUGUUGGCGUCGAUGAUGAAAAAGAUAAGGCGACUGUAGAAGGUUUGGAACAAGGCUAUGUAGUUUGUCCUAGUGAAAAACGUUUUCUACUUUUAUUCACAUUCCUGAAGAAAAAUAGACAAAGAAAAAUUAUGGUAUUCUUUAGUUCCUGUAUGUCAGUCAAGUAUCAUCAUGAACUCUUGAAUUAUAUAGAUCUUCCUGUAUUAAGUAUACAUGGAAAGCAAAAGCAAACUAAACGGACUACAACAUUUUUCCAAUUUUGCAAUGCUUCUUCCGGUAUACUUUUAUGUACAGACGUAGCUGCUAGAGGUCUCGACAUACCCGAUGUCGAUUGGAUCGUACAAUAUGAUCCACCGGAUGAUCCUAAGGAAUAUAUUCAUCGCGUUGGAAGAACGGCACGUGGUGAAGGUAGUAGUGGACACGCUUUAUUAAUUCUACGACCAGAAGAAUUAGGCUUCCUUCGUUAUCUCAAACAAGCCAAAGUCCCGGUCAAUGAAUUUGAUUUUUCAUGGAACAAAAUAGCGGACAUACAAUUGCAGCUCGAAAAAUUAAUCUCCAAGAACUAUUUUUUAAAUAUAUCGGCGAAGGAAGCGUUCAAGGCAUAUGUCAGAGCAUACGACUCUCAUCAUCUUAAACAGAUAUUCGAUGUCCAGACAUUGGAUUUGGCAAAGGUUGCCAAAUCUUUUGGAUUUGUGGUUCCACCAGCAGUAGACCUGAAAGUGGGAGCUAGCAAAGAUUCGCGGCCACGGAAAAGGCUCGGCGGGGGCGGUUAUGGUUUCUUCAAGAACAUGAACAAUCCAAAUGCCUCGCGACAGUUGCAACGUACCAAGACCUUCCGCCAGGUGGGUAAACGUGGGAAGGACAACCGACAAUUCACCAGAUAACUUUUGUAUUAUACUUUUUGCUUGGACGGUCAUUUCUUUUUCCCCCUUUUUUUUUCUUUUUUUUUUUUUUUUUUUUUUUUUUUGCUUUAACUCAACCAUACAAAAUUUCCUUUAGAAGAGUUAACUUGUACAGGCGCUUAGAUACACCAUAAUUUUUCCGAUUUGUCUUUUAUACGUAUAUGUGUCACCGACUAGACACACUAUAAAAGGUAAUACUAUCGAGCGCCCAAAAGAAGUUUAUCUUUUCUUUCUCGUAAAACUCGCUUCUUUUUAUUCUUCAUCUUCUUCUUUUUCUUCUUUUUUGUUGUUUUUUUUUUUUUCCCCUUCCUUUUAUCAUCCAACAUAAAUUUUGUAUAAUUUUGUUCACCGUAAAGUCAACUUUCCGUCGUUUAUUUUAUUUAUACCAUUAUAUGAGGUCAAUUUGAAAAAUUCACGACUUUUUUCUUUUUCUAAUGUAUAAAUUUAUAUUACAUUCUUUUAAAGCGUAAGACAAAAGUCGCCAAUUUUUCAUAUUGCCUUGAUGAUUAUUACGAAUAUGAUCAGGAUCAGUUGUUUAUUUAAAUGACGUUGUAAUCUAUACGUAAUAUUUUUUUAAUUAAAAGAAGAAAAAAAAAUAUAUUUAUAUAUAUAUAUAUAUAUAAAUAUACACAUUUAAUCUUUGUUACGUGUUGCACGAACGAAUAAAUUGUAAGUUUUAUUGUUCAAUAUUUUGAUCAAUAUUUUGAAUCAUAUUGAAAAUAUUCGAAUAAUUAAUUUAAUAAAAUAUAUCGCUCUUUGCCUUAAUCGGUGAAAGUGAAGUUCUCUGAUCUCUUAGAGUCGACGAGCACAAAUGAAAACCCUUUCUUUAACCCUUAAAAAGGAAAUGGUAGUUGUAGUUCUCAUGUCCCGUGUAGGAUAAAUUAAGGAUACUCUAUUGGAGUGUUCAUUAUGCAGGAUCGGAGGAGAACUAAUGGUAAGAGACAAAUUUAUUUAUUUAAAAUUUAUUAGCAAAGACAACGGUGAUCUUUUAGCGUUUUGUUGUUUUCAAAUGUCCACCGAUAUUGUCGAACAGCAAAGAUAUUAUUUCUUAUAGAUAAUAAAACAAUAUUUUUAUCUUA